AGGCCCCGCCUCUUCCGCCCGACCCAAGAUGGCGCCGGCCAGGCGCGGCUGGCGGCCGUAGCGGAGCGCGGCGGCACCGGAGCGCUCCGGGCGGGCCCGGACCGGCCCCGCGGCUCCGGGAGCGGCCCCGCGGCUCCGGGAGCGGCCAUGGCGGCGGCGGGGGGCGGGCGGCGGCCGGCGGGAGCCGCCGCGCUCGCUGCAGGGGCUGCUGGAGAUGGCGGUGGCGGCCGGGCCGGCGCAGGCCGAGCCGCGCCCGCCCAUGGCCCGCGAGGAGCAGCAGUGGCUCAGUGAGGCUGUUUCUGAGGCUCUGGGCACCCCUGGGUCGGUGAGGGCGGAGCUGCAGCGCUGCCUGGGGGUCCUGGCCGGGCCCUGCCCCGCCGAAGCCGCCCCCGAGCGGGGCCUGGGGGACAGCGGGGGGCACGAGGGGGCCCUGGCGCAGCUCGGGGAGCUCUGCGAGAGCCUCGACGUCGCCAAUGAUUUCUGCUCCCUGGGGGGCCUGGAGGUGCUGCUGGAGCUCCUGGGAUUUCUGCUCCCUGGGGGGCCUGGAGGUUCUCCUGGAGCUGCUGGGGCACCGCUGGCCGCCGCUGCGGGCGGGGGCGGCGCGGCUGCUGGGGGUCUGCGCCCAGAACCUUCCGGAAGCGCAGGGCCGGGCGCUGGCGCUGGGGGCGCUGCCCGCGCUGCUGGGGGGGCUGCGGGGGGACCCCGACCCCCGCGUGCCCCCCGCCGCGCUCUUCGCCGUCUCCUGCCUGGUGCGGGCCCAGCCGCAGGGCCUGGAGCAGCUCGAGGCCCUGGGGGGUCUCGAGGUGCUCGGGGGGGGCCCUGCAGAGCCCCCACCCCCCCCUGCGGGCCCGCGCCGCCUUCCUGCUGCACUGCCUGCUCAGGGAGCACCCCCCGCCUCACAGAGCCGCUGGUGCAGCAGGGCCUGGUGGCGCGGGCGGCGGCGCUGCUGCGCUCCGAGCACGACGGGGCCCACGAGCACGGCCUGGGGACCCUCUGCAGCCUGGCGUCGGGCAGCCCCGAGGGGCUCCGCGAGUGCCGGGACCCCCGCGCUGGGGCUGGAGGAGCUGCUGCGGGAGCGCCGCGAGCUGCUGCGGGGCCGCGACGAGUUCCAGGAGGAGCUGGAAUUCUGCGAGCGGCUGCUGCAGCUCUGCUUCGAGACCCCCCCCGAAGAAUCCACCAUGGACCGAUGACCCCAAAACCCCCCAAAAUUCCCCCCAAAAUCCCCUCCUGGCACCCCAAAAAAUCCCAAAAACCCCCAAACGCUGCGAGCCCCCCGAGCCAGGGGGGAAUAAACGCUCCGGACCCCACCCUGGCUGAGUUUUGGGGUGAAAAAGGGGCUGGGGGCGCAAUCGGCGCCGUCAUUAAGGAAGAAAUGGGGGAAAAAAUCGAAAUUUCCGCAAAUUCAGCACCGGGAGCGCGGACAGCGGGGGCGGGGCUGUGCUAAUGAGGAGGCGUGGUUAUUCUACAUAUUGUGG